CUGCACUAUGGGACCCUCCUGGGCAGCAGAGCUUGUGCCCACAUGGCAGCAGCUGCCUGGGCCAGUGCCUUUCUCUAUUCGCUGCUGCACACAGCCAAUACAUUUUCCUUGCCCCUGUGCCAUGGCAAUGUCCUGGGCCAGUUCUUCUGUGAAAUCCCACAGAUCCUCAAGCUCUCCUGCUCAAAUUCUUCACUCAGGGAACUGGGACUAAUUGCAGUUAGUGCCUGCUUGCUAUUUGGUUGUUUUAUGUUCAUUGUUUUCUCCUAUGUGCAGAUCUUCAGGGUCGUGCUGAGGAUCCCCUCUGAGCAGGGACGGCACAAAGCCUUUUCCACCUGCCUCCCUCACCUGGCUGUGGUCUCCCUGUUCAUCAGCACUGUCAUGUUUGCUCACCUGAAGCCUCCCUCCCUCUCCUCCCCAUCUCUGGAUCUGGCUGUGUCAGUUCUGUACUCAGUGGUGCCUCCAACGGAGAUUUGA